AUGGGAAUACCAUUUCCAGAUAUAGAUCCAUAUGAAGUGCUAGGGGUGUCAAAAGAAUCAACACCAAUAGAAAUCAAAAGAACAUACAAAAAAUUAUGUCUUAAAUUCCAUCCGGAUAAACUUCAACAACAACAACAAAUCAACCAUAACGAUGAUAAUAACAAUAAUACCGACACCUUUGCCAAGAUACAGUUCUCUUUUAGUAUAUUAAAUGAUCCAAUUAGAAGACAGCGAUAUGAUCAUACUGGAUCAUUGGCAGAAUAUGAAGACAUGGAAGAUUCAUUUGAUUGGAAAGAUUAUUUUGAAUCAAUAAAUGAAAAAAUCACGAUGGAAAUGAUUGAAGAAGAUAAAUUAAAAUAUCAAAAUUCUCAAGAAGAACAACAAGAUAUUAUAUCGAAUUUCAUUUAUUAUGAUGGAGAUUUCUUGAAAUUAUUUGAGGUUAUUCCACAUUUAGAAUUUAAUGAAUUUGAAGAACAAAGAGUAUAUAAAAUUAUUGAUCUUGAAAUGAUGUCUAAUAUGGAGUCAUUACCUGAUUUUGAUAAAUCGAUUAUUAAAUCCUGGGAAAAAUAUAAGAAAUCUAGAAAGACUAAAGUAAAACUGAUGUUAAAAAGAUUGGCUAAGGAAGCUAAAGAAGCUGAACAAUUAGAAAAGUUAAUCAAAAGUAAUGCAAAAAAGAAUGAAAACGGUGGUGAUUUGAAAUCGUUAAUAAGAAAUCGUCAAGCUAAUAGAUUGGAUGAUUUGAUAUCUACUUUAGAAAGUAAAUAUGGUGGUGAUAAAAGAGGUAAAAAGAGAUCGUCAUCAACUAAAGAUAUAAGUGAUGAUGAAUUUGAAAGAAUACAGAAUGAUUUAUUCAAAAGAAGAAAAUAG